UUAUCGCAGCUGCGCUUUCGGUCUGCAAUUCUCUUUUGCUCUUUUUAGCAGUUCUUUAUCGUAUGUUUGUUGUUGUUUGUUCUUCUGUUCUUUAUUUGGUGCAAUUGGUAUCGUUGGUUCGGCAAUCACACUCAACUUCUAUUCUGGGUCUCGUCGGAUCCUUGUGCUGUUCCGUCGUCUGAUCUGCAUCAACCUCUGCCUCCCCAGAAUCCUCUUCUUUCUAUCCAGUCAAUCCUAAUAUCUCCUACCUGCUCUCUAUUCUAGUCUCUCUCAAAUGGCUCAAAUCAGCACCGACGAGCUCCGGGUCAAGUCCCUCAUCUACGAAGGCCUCGAGCGAAAUCAGACUCUCCCGGUCUUUCUCACCAGCGUUAAAGUCGUCGGCGGCGUGCACACCCGUGACUCCCUUCUGCGAACUCACAUCGACCCUCUGCUCGCCAAGCCAUACACCACGACCACCCUCCUAAAAGCCGUCGACGAAUCCACCCAGCGUCUGCGGUCGUUCGGCAUCUUCAACUCCGUCGCCUUCGGUCUCGACGUCGCUCCCUCGGCCAAAAAUGCAAACCUCAACUACAUCCCUCUGGAAGGAACCCUUCUUCUCCAGGAGGCCUCGCGGAUUAAAAUCAAGACCGGCACCGACAUCGGCAACGGUGACGUGAGCGCCUACGCAACCGGCUCCAUCGCGAACCUCUUUGGCGGCGCAGAGACCCUCUCUGCCGACGCAAAAGUCGAUAGCUUGAAGCAAUCCUCCUACCUGCUCAACUACAACACCCCCAUCAAAAACUCCAGCAUGUGGUCCGCCGAUUUCACCGGUCUUGUCACCACCAACGAGCGCGACUGGGCUUCGCACGAGGAGACCACCCGAGGCAUCCGAGUCAAAGCUGUCGGACCCGGUGUCUUGGGCGGUGAGCAGGAGAUCGGCUACGAGGCAUUCAUGAGAACCGUCGGCAAUCUUCCUCGGCACGCCAGUACCAGCGUCCGCACUGGCUCCGGCGAGAGCUUCAAGUCUUCGGUCUUCAACCAGUUCUCGGUCGACAAGACCAACAGCAUCGUGUUUCCCACCGAGGGUUAUAAGCUCAAGCUGAGAACAGAAAUUGCUGGGUUCGAGCCAAACAACAAGGGUGACGUGCAGUUCAUGAAGGGCGAGGCUCAGAGCACGUUCGUCAAGAGUUUCUUCAACGAGAACAUCACUCUUUCAUUCGGUGCGCGUGGAGGUCUGCUUUGGAGCUUGCUUUCGAGCGGGAAGACUUAUCUUCCUGAUCGAUUCUUCAUCGGUGGACCAAACAGUGUUCGCGGAUUCUACUUGAACAGACUGGGUCCUAGUGACGAUGAAGAUUCCAUCGGCGGCGAGGCCUUCCUAUCCACUGGCGUCAGCUUGUUCUCCCGUUUCCCCAACAUCGCAAAGGAGUCGCCAUUACGUCUCCAUCUCUUUGCCAACGCCGGAAGUCUUCUCGGCAUCGACCGUCUCGACCCCUCUCGCACAUUCAAAAAACUCGUGAGCGAGCCCUCAGUCUCGGCCGGUGUCGGUGUCAUCUACGCCCACCCUGUCGCCCGAUUCGAGCUCAACUUUACUCUCCCGAUCGCUACCCGUGCUAGCGAGUUCCCGCGAAAGGGAUUCCAGUGGGGAUUGGGCAUGUCUUUCUUGUAGAGUGUUUUAGAUUGUUGUAUUCCAUAUCGUCAUCUGUCGGAACUGAAGUUUGUAAAGACAAACCCAACGGUUCGAAACGAGCCAUUCUAAUAUUCGGCAACUGCUUGGUUAGUUGUAGCGCCGUUCUGAUGCACUCAUCUUGCAGACCAGCUCGUCAUCUAUCACUGAUCUCUGCAUAGUCGUUACUGUUGUAUUUCUCAGUGGUUCUUCCUUUUUUGUGAUUAUUUCUUGCCCAGUUUUGGAUUCCUAAUGCAUGAUGAAGGAUACAGUUGAAAGAAAAGUCACAUGACUUUCAUUAC